UUGAGAAUCUAGUGUGCCAUUAAAUUUGCUGCGGGUUAGUCGCUAGUGGUGGAAGUACUAUAUUGUCUCCAGUGUAAAGAUUUUUACGUUUCGCGAGUAAUUGUACUUGUCGGAUACUGUUUUGGAAAUAUUUUUAAAACAAAUAAUGAUUGAUCGCGUAGUUUUAUUUAAGUGAUAUUGUUAUCUUUUAAUGAAUAAUUUUAGUGUUACCAAUGUUUUAAAUGAUAAUGAGAUAUGGCAUAGGUAUCAAGGAUCAGUUAUAAGAGUACUUCAAACGUCGUUUUUCCAUUAUGAAUUUUAUCGGCUCAUAUCAACAAGUAAAUUUAUGAAUGUGUCCUAAUAAAAACAGUUUCCAUUAACUAUGAAGACAUUUAUCAAAUAUGAUAUAUCACUGAAAAAUCAAUUAUUAUAGAAAAACUCUUGUUGUUUAUUCUUUUAAAAAUCGCCAAGACGUUUAUGGUGUAAAUAUUGUUUUUAAUUUUUAAUUUUAAUAAAAUUGCGAGUGGCUUAAAAAUCAUCGCUCUUCUAAUACUCUUCGAAAAGUUUAACUGUAAUUCAACAUGAUACAACAAACUAUACGAGUCCGAGUUGCGGUUACGUGGCUGAUGGUGUUGCACUGGAUUUUACUUGCAGAAAGUUCUAUUGACUCGCCUUCCCAAAGUGGUAAUCUUAACUACUGGGAGCAACCAUACUCACAGCCCUACUUCGACAAUGGCACCAACCGUGACGUGACUGCGACCGUAGGACAAACGACGUACUUACAUUGCAAAGUGCGAAAUCUUGGCGACCGAUCAGUGUCUUGGAUCAGAAAACGUGACCUGCACAUAUUGACGGUCGGCAUCUUAACAUAUACCAACGACCAACGUUUCCAAUCGCUACAUUCUGAUGGGUCAGACGAAUGGUCUUUAAGGAUCACGUCACCGCAAAUCAAAGACUCGGGAACUUACGAGUGUCAAGUGAGCACCGAGCCGAAAAUCAGCCAGUCGUUUCGUCUAAACGUGGUCGUAUCUAAAGCCAAAAUCAUUGGCAAUACAGAAAUGCAUAUUCGAAGUGGUAGUGAUAUUAAUCUAACUUGUGUGGUGUUGGAAACACCAGACCCUCCUAGUUUUAUCUAUUGGUACCGUGGCAAAGACGUGAUCAAUUAUUCAGGUCGCGGAGGUAUCAGUGUGGUGACGGAGAAACAAACUCGAACUAGUCGAUUACUCAUAUCAAAGGCCCAGCCACCUGACUCUGGAAACUACACGUGUGCCCCGUCAGCGUCUGAUUCAGCAAGCGUUACCGUACACGUUCUUAAUGGUGAACAUCCAGCCGCUAUGCAACACGGGAAUAGCAGCAACAGUGCGGUGACUCGACUACUCCCCAUAUUUUUAUUGUUUGUGUGUCAUUCUAUUCAAGUUUUAUUAGUUACUGAUGUAUACGUACCGACAAGUGCAGCGAAGCCGUCUAGAUGAACGGCAUUUCAAUCAAAGAUUUAAAAGAUCUGACAAAGAUGAAACUUCAUUUUCUGGGUUACGUUAAAGAACUGAGUGGAGCGGAAGGUUAGAUUAGUUCAAAAUUGUAUACAUCUAAAAUUAAAAUAAGCAUUAAUACAAAAGAAACUCAUUUUUUAAAUCAAUUGUUUAUUUAUUUUUUAAUUACAAGUUGUAUGUAAAUAUCAGCAAAUAUUUGUGUAAACUUAUAAUGUAAAUAAUAAAUAUUAAUAAUAAUAAUAAAUGAAUAUAAUACAUCUUGAAAUUCCUACUCGCUGCUUAAGUUUCACGAAUGAAACAAUAUUUAAUACCAAUCAAUAUGAAUUGUAAAAUAUUACAUGUAGCCAUGAUUUUUCAAAAUGUUAUAAUUUCAUGUAUAUAAGGAUACAAAAACUUCAAGUAUUAUGAUUGUUGUUAUGUUUUUGAACCAAUCGUUUAUGUUUUAUUAUUUUAUAGUGUAAUAGUUAUAUAAAUAAAUUAUCAUUUUUACUGUACAUCGCUUCCAACCGUUAUGUUGGUAAAUGUAAUAACAGUGUUUUGUAUAUAAAAUAAAUUCUAAUAGUAAUCGUUUCACGGUACUGUUUAAGUUUUUAACGCAUAUGUUGCAACCCCAAUUAUACAUGGCAUUGAUACCUCCCUUGGACAUAUCUUUGUUUCUAUUUUUAUCAUACUGUGCAUGUAUAUAUAAAUAUAUUAUAAUAAUGGAACACGAUAUAAAGUCUCUAAAUCAAUUGUAACAUCU